AUGGCUAAGGGACCUGGUCAACGGCCACUCUCCGAAGUGAGCCCCAUGGCCCAGAGGCGCAAUUCGCCUAGCUGGAAUCAAGUUACCAAGAUGCCACACGGCGAAUCGCCUGCAUAUGAUGUCUCGUCUCUGAAUAACAAUGCCUCCCCUCGCCUGUUUUGGAAAGGUCGGGACUCCCCAUCGCCGUUCCCAAAGGGAGCCGAGAAUAAAGCGCCAUACGAUCCAGAGGGGUGUUAUUUCCCCUCAAAGCGCCCGUCGCUCGAAAACUUGAAACGCGUGUCGAAGGUCAAAAAUAACAACAAGUUCUUCGAAGGUGGUCAAGAAUAUGACCCGGCUUCGGUGGUCUUUCCCCAGAGACCAUUAGGCUCGCAGCGGUCUCCGCAACGGAACAGCCAAAUGAAUGUUACGAAAUCCCAAGUCGACGAAGAUACCAGCCAAAUGUCUCGCCCGUCAUCCUCGAGCAAAGACCAAGCAUCGCCAAGCAAGUCCUCGCUAUCCAAAGGUAGUCGGUAUGGCAAGGGAUUCGAUCCCCAGAACGAUAUUUGGUCCGAAUAUGGCAGUGCUGGACAUCGACAUGCAAAGAGUGUCACUUUUGAUCACGCCCCCCCUCAAAUCAACGAAUAUGAAAUGACGACACCGGAUCUCUCCUCAGUUGCAUCUGAGUCACGUGAGAACAGCUACGAGUCCGAAGAAGAGGGGGAUCUUAGUUUUGAGGCCGAGUCAUCGAUUGAGCGUGAUGAUAGCUUUGACGCCUCGCUGGAAGAUGCUGAGAAAACUCCUGUUGUGUUGCCCGAAGACUGGCGUUUUAUGAGCCCAACAAACAGUGAUAGCGAUCCUUUCAUCGAAGACGUCGAAGAAGACAGCGCCGAUGAGCGACCUAUUUCACGUGAAGGAGGAUCUUCUCAGCACACACGCGUCGAGUCGCUGGACUCAAAUGGCGAGCGACGUCCCCUCCCGCCUUUGCCAUCGGUCAAUCGCAUGUCUGGCGCGCGUCCGUCCUCUGCUGAUAAGCUCGCUGCCGCUUUUGAGAUCGGCAGCGCGGGACAGCGUGUGCUCCCUACGCCUCCAGCUCCUGCCGCAUAUACAAAGUCUGAUAUCCCCGGCGCUGGGUCCAUAGAGGAGAGACUCCGUCUCAUGAUGCUGCAAGAGAGAGAUGAUGAUGAGACACAUGAUGACCACGCCGAGAGUAUCGAGGAAACCUUGGAGCUUCCUAGAGCAGAUGAAACGCUUGCAUCGAAAGAUGAUACUUACGCAGAUGAUGCCAAGGAUAACUUCUUUUCUCCACCUCGCAUUUCUCGCGACUCAAUCUUGCGGGGAAUCCGCAAAGGUGAUAGUUAUGAGGAUGACAGCUCAGAUGCCUCUUCUCAAAUUGCUUCCAGCCCCCAACGUUAUGACCAUUAUGACCCUGAUGUUCCCAUUCCAUCCACGGAGACCGACGAUGAUGACUCCUCAAGUGUAAUCAUUAAAGAGGAAGAGCGCGAUGAAGACCUUUACUCUAUUACGGAUUAUUAUCAGAGCAGGUCAGACAACAGCUUGUCAUCCCGUGACCAACGGGCCAAGUACGAUGAGGCCAGCAAUUACUCGCUACGCUCUGCUGCCGAAGCCGCCGAUCGCGAACACGCUGGGCAUGAUAGUCAUGAACAAGAAUCUGGACAGACUACCCCCAAUGCUGAAACCCACACCGACGCCGAAAAGCCCGCACAGCCAAACGAGGGUGCCCAGGAAUACAAAGAGCCAAACGCCCCUCAAAACCAGUCCUUCGAUAUGGCAUCUAUCCGUCAGUCUCUCGCACGCCCUCUUACCCCCGAGAUGCACCAGGACCAAGCUUCCGAAGCGUCUACUCCAGACUCUGUCAUUCGUCAUCCGAUCGAACACGACAAUGAAGAAGAGGACGAAGAAGAGGAAGACGACGACGAAGAAGAAGAACAGGAAGAGGAAGAUGCAGAGGGGGAAGAGGAGUUAGAGCCGGAACAUGAUGAGAGCUCAUCCGAUGAGUCUGUUCCUGACCCUGUCGCAACAAUCCGAGCUCCCGGUGCUGGCCUCAAGACCAGGCCCUCACUGACCCCUGCGGAUAUCCAGUCGAUGGCUGCCACCCGCCGUCAGAUCAGUGGCCAACACGCUCUACCCACUCCUUCAUUGACUAAGCAGAUCUCCAACGACUCAAACUCGUCGGAUCCCGAACAUGAAAAUAUUGACUUGCCACCAAAGCUGGGGCCCGCAGCUCUUGCCCAGCGACAAAGUAGUUGUUUGAAACUCGACAUUCCCUUCAGUAUCCAGGAAGAAAGCCUUGGAUUUGGACUGGACAAGGAGUUUGAUCGUGUCAUUGAAUCCCAAAAGAGAGGAUACCUCAUGAGACAGAACACGAAAGUCAUCAUUGCCAGCAGCCGUAACGAAGAAGAAGCAAUGCCUUCUGCCGAACACACUGCCCAAGAUCCGCACGGUACACGCUCCGCUGGAUCUUCUCCACGCAAGGCGAGCCAACAGACCUGGACCACAGUCCCUUGGAAUGGCUCAGCGCGACGCCCAAGUAUCAAGUCUGCCACCGGUAUCCCGAAGAAAAAGCCCGUCCCUGGCAUAGGUGGAGUCCCACCUCUCCCUGGACAGCCCAGCAAUGUUCAGGAAGCUCCAGCCACCAUUGAAGAGAACGAGCCAACCAUCUCCGAAUCGUUUGAAGAUGGAGAAGAGCGAGGUCGUUUAUUUGUGAAGGUCAUAGGCCUCAAAUAUUGUGACCUUCCUCUCCCACGGGGUGAACGAUCGUAUUUUGCACUGACCCUGGAUAACGGACUGCACUGUGUGACCACCUCCUGGUUGGAGAUGGGCAAGUCAGCUCCAAUCGGACAAGAGUUCGAGCUCAUCGUCCAGAAUGACCUUGAGUUCCAGUUGACCUUGCAAAUGAAGAUUGACGAGAGCAAAUUCCAAACCCAAGAACCCGCAUCAUCGCCAUCACGCCAGAAGGCGUCGGCCCUCAGCCGUGUAUUUGCAUCCCCACGUCGGCGCAAGGAGCUUGACAUUAAGCAACAAAUGCAGUCGCAGCAACAGAAGGCCAAGGACGUUAAUGCUCCCGUAUACGAACGGCUUCGAAACUUGGUUGCACGUGAUGGUAGCUUUGGCCGCGCUUAUGUGGCUUUAAGCGACCACGAGCAGCAGGCGUUUGGCCGUCCCCACAUUGUUGAUGUUGCUUGCUUCAACGAAUGGGCCGUUGAGGAACAGAUGAGCAGCAUCAAGAGCAAGAAGAGUGCGACUAGCAUUAAUACGCAGCGUCGACCACCUUAUAAGAUUGGAAAGUUGGAAGUGCAACUUCUAUUCGUGCCUAAGCCGAAAGGUAGCAAGGAUGAAGACAUGCCGAAGAGCAUGAAUGCCUGUAUUCGUGAAUUGCGCGAUGCAGAGAGUGUUGCAGCUCGCUGCUGGGAAGGGUUCCUUUCCCAACAGGGCGGAGAUUGUCCUUACUGGCGCCGUCGCUUCUUUAAGCUUCAAGGAUCCAAGUUAACGGCCUUCCACGAAACAACGCGCCAACCUCGUGCUACCAUUAAUCUAGCCAAGGCCUCCAAGCUCAUUGACGAUCGAUCCUCUUUACUUCAAAAGGAGACCAACACGAAGGGCGGUACCCGUCGCAAGUCUGCAUUCGCCGAAGAAGAGGAUGGCUACAUGUUUGUUGAAGAGGGAUUCCGCAUCCGUUUUGGUAAUGGUGAAGUGAUUGACUUCUAUGCGGAUAGCCCCGCAGAUAAGGAGGGCUGGCUUCGAGUCAUGUCUGAAGCUGUUGGGAAGGGCUCUAGCUCCGGCAAUGGUGCACUCAAACCCUGGGCUGAUCUUGUGCUCAAGCGUGAGCGUAGCAUGAAAGCCAGCAAUGAGACUGCGCCUCGUCGUCCGCCCACUGGGAUUCCCACAGCACCUGCCUCACUGCCAUCUCCUGUUCGGAGCCGGAACAGUGCGAUGAUGGCACCUCCUCCAUCUUCUGCGGGGUCUGGGGCGCCGGCGCCUCAAUCCUCACGUCCUCGACACAAGCACACUCAUUCUCAACCCGAGAUGGGUACUGUCGAAGCACGUCGGCAGAAAACCCGCUCUCUCAUGUUCUAA